AUGCCUUCAAGAUUAGACGGAUCAACGUCGCCAUCUUCGGCAGGCUCCCCGAGCGACGACGAGGCGCCUGGCCCCGCGCGUGGCCAUUUGGCCAUAAGAGAUAAGGGCAAAGGUCGCGAUGUGUCAAUCGGAAAGCGGAAGCGCGCCGACACUAAUGGCGAACAAUCUUCACGUCGCCGUGCAAACGGACGUUCUCUCGAUAGAGACGAUGACCCCGAUAUCGACGUAUACGAUCCAGACCAACCCAUGGAAGAGCGACGCGAAAUCCAGCGAAGGCUUCGCGAACUGCAAAAAAGCAUCAAUGACAAUGUGGAAGAGUACAUGGCGCCUGGCUCGACAGGCCUCAAGGACGCCCUGUUGAUGGCACAAGAAGUUGCCCGAGGCGUCAAGCAGACCACCGAGGCCACUAUCGACUCCCGUCUUCUGGUCAGCGCAGUUGAUAUGUCAUACCGGAAAACUGUCCGACUUAUGCAAGGCAAUGCGGCAGAAGGUGUGGACAUCGACGAGUUCGUUUCCAAGUGCUGCACAUACAUGCGCCAAGCAGGUGGCAUCGCGGACGAUGAGGCGCCUGAACUUUCAAGCACUCAGAGGCGGAGACGCAGGACGGGAGGCGGUUCUAACGAUGACGAAGAUGGCGAUGACGAGGCCUUCAACUGGAGCCACCUGGGGAAAUUCGCCUCGCUACCCAAUAUCCGUCGACCAGCCCUGCCUGGCUUCCUGCUUGGUCCGCUAUCCGUCGAGAAAAAGAUCCGAAAAAUUUCCAAGCGUACUGCGCCUUUCCGACCAAACAACCUGGCAGAGACGAGGCCUGAAGUACUGAACGUGGAGGACUUGGCCAAAAAGGAGAACGACCUCACGGCGAUUUGCGGCAAGAUUCUUAAGCAACUAAGAGACACCCAGGCGGAUGCUCAGACGAAGCUCGUCGAGCUUUUCGAGGAGAGGGAGAUGAGCGAGGAGGAGCAGGUCAAGACCAUGCAUGACUAUGGUCUUCGGGAGACUGGCGGAGUUGACCUCCUUCGCUUCGUCGUGAAUCCCAAAUCAUUUGGCCAGACUGUCGAAAACAUGUUUUACGUCAGUUUCCUCAUUCGCGACGGCAAAGUGGGAAUCGAGUUCGAUAGCAACGACCUUCCCUCCCUUAGUCCUAUAGGAGGCGAUGAAGCAGAAGAAGAAGGAGGCGCCAAGCGUGAAAAAGCAAAGCAGCAGGCUAUCUUCUCAAUGGACAUGGAGACAUGGCAAGACAUUAUCGACACCUUCAACAUUCAAGAACCCAUGAUAAAGCAUAGAAAAGAGACGAUGGCGCAAGGCCCGGGUGCUAGAGGAUGCAAUAUGGCUGGAGAUCGCGACGAGGACACUGCCACUGACGACAAAGUUCCCAGCGGUCAUUCUCAGAUACCAGAAAACUCUCCAGAUCCCACCAACCAAACAGAUCCCCAGGAGAGUGCUCAGUCAACGGACAUGGGUGAAGACAACGGCCGCGAAGAGGGCACCUGCGACUCCUCGUCACCGGCUGAACCUCCCAGCUCUCCGUUAUCAAAGAUGGAACAGGAGGACAGCACCUUCACCGACUCAGUCUUUGACCUCUCGACCUCGAAGGGCUCCGCCGGGAAAGGCUCGAAUAACGCGCCUCUCUCAUCUCCUGUUCAGUUCGACAGCCCAUCGAAGAAUGAUUCCGUCAAGCAUUCAACCACAAUACCCAGCUCUCCGACUGUGAAGGGGCCCACGCCGCAGACUCCGAAACCACCAGAGCCCUCCUGGGCCGAGAGAGCUGCCAGUGGCAUUACGCGCAGCAACACGAAGAUGAGCAUGAGAAGCGCCCCAGGGGGCAGAGGGGGAGCAAGACCGGCUACGCCUUCUCGCUCGCCAAGUUCGGCAGGCAGACCCAGUCGUGCAUCUCCCGCAACGCCUUCCGCAAGUCUAAAUGUCGCUCAUGCCAAUGACACCCCUCCGAGAACAAGAGGCAGCUCCUUGAGCGAUAGUUUUUCGCCUCAAAACGUGACUCAGAAGCAGCCGACAUCCCGAGACGGCCAGAGAGGAAGCGUUGUUGAUGAGGACAUGCUGCGCGAGAUGAAGAAUCUGCUGCAGGUUCUCACGCCAGAGCAGAGCCUCUCCGACCUUGGAGACGUCCAGCCAGCCGACGAGGAAUCCAUGACCGCCGAAUCCCUUAUGCCGAACAUCAUCAGAAAGCUUGCCGCCGAGAUCCUGGAAAGAGACGAAAGCCUGGACAAAAUCCAGCUGGAUUUCGAAAAGUCCAUGGCAGCCCAAGCCGCCACACAAAAGUACAACGAGUCUCUUCAAGAAGAUUUGAAGAAUCGGAUCAAGGAAUUCAACGUCGAAGCCAGGAAAGCAAGAGAUGCGCACAGCUCAUCUUGUGAAGAGUUUGAAAAUACCAUCAAGCAACACAAGGCGGAAGAGCGUGUACAGGAAAGCCUUAGACAGGCUGAGAGCCAGUUAGAUGAAGCCCAGGCGGACCGGGAUCGCAAAGAUGUUGAGCUUCGACAGCUGCAGACUACGGUCAACAACCUUCAACGUGGCCAGCAGGCAGAGUCUUCCGCUCACGUGGACGAGCUUAGAGCCAAGAUUUCCGAACUCGCAGAACUGUUGAAGACGGAACAAGACACCAACCGUCAAAUCCAGAGAGAGCUCGAGGGAAAAGAAAGAAAAUGGACGACCACAGACACAGAACGCGAAGAAUAUCAAACAUAUAUGGAAGGCCAUCUUGAGGAGCUCCAGAAAUCGACCCAGGAAAAAGAAGACAGAAUCGAAAGCCUUGAACAAGAACGAGACGAACUGAAGAGGAAAGCUGUUGCGGCCAGACCCGAAUCCAUGAAAAUACUCGUCGGCGGCAGGGAAGUCACCUUCAAAGAAUACGAGAAGCUCCUCACCAACGUCAGGGGCGAGAACUCCAGCCUCAAACGUCAACUUGAGUUCGAAAAGGAGGAGCGCGAGAUAGCCCAAAUGAUUCCUUUGGAUGAUGUCCGACAGGUUGUCGAGCCAUUUCUCAAGGUUUACGGCAUUGCCUACCACAGCGCCCUUCUCGCUCUAUCGAAUGACUUGGCACAUGAGGAGGAAGACCUUGAAGCCCUUCUCAGCGACGACGGUUUCAAGCCAUACCCGCAUGCUUCUUUCGUUUCCGACCCAGAUGCGGGGCCCUUGCAAGCGUCUUCGGCCAGUUCUUCUCCUUAUCGAAGAGACUGCGCUCCCGUGACAGGAGACGGCAUCUCUCCAGUGUCUCAAAAGUCGAGCCCAGGUCUUGCAAACUCAAGGAACCUCGAGAGCGAGCUUGCCGGAUUCGAUUCAAAUAGUGAAGCAUCCGCAUCCAGUCCAAGUCCUUUGGAGGAUACUCAACAAGGCCAUACCGAUUUGACGGACGAUCUUCUUUAUGACCCGCACACCAUCACCAAGUUGCGCGUCCAAUUGAAGCAACUGAUGAAGAAGCUGCAAAACCUCGAAUCUGAAAAGAAGGGCCGCGAAGAAGAGAUUGCGAAGCUUGAAGAAGAGGUGGCUGCAUUGAAGGGCAAGAUCGCGGUUCACCAACAGAUCGCCGAGCAGCUCAAGGCCGAAAUCGCACGAGCCAGGUCCAACGUGGCAAACAGCUACCAGCAUAAAGAACUGGCCGAGCAGCAAGAUCGCAUAACUUCCCUCUUCAACAAUCUUCAGGAGUGCAAGCAGAGGUUGGCGGUAGCCGAGAGCCAGCGCGAUGCCCUCCAGAGGGAGAUCGAAGAGAGGCAAGCCGAACUUGAGGUUUGGCAAUCCACGGGUGAGGAAAUCGGUAACAUCAACAUCGACUUGGACGAGCAGGCUGCGAAGAACGCACACGCGCUCACCGCGAGCGAGGCUCGGAGGGCCGAGUUGGAAGCUCAGGUCGCAGAUCUGGAAAGCAAGCUUCGAGACGCCAACCACAGAACCCGCCAAGAACGAGAAAGGCGUGGUGAGGUUGAAGCCAGACAUGAAGAGGCUGCAAUUGAUGGAGACGCACUCAUCGCGAGCGAGACUCAGAGGGGCGAGCUGCAAUCUCAGCUCGAAUUUGUGGAAAGAAAGCUUCGAUACGCCAACUAUAACACCAGACAAGAACGAGAGAGACGCCGUGAGGUUGAAGCCAAAGGGGUCUGGAAGGGAACCUUUGGGGAAGCCCUGAGACUCAAGGAUCAGGAAAUCAGACAACUUCGUGACGGACUGGAGGAAGAACGCGAUAGCACCGAGAAAAAGUCGCGCUUGGAAGAGGAAGAGGCCAAGAAGCUCGAUGCAUACGUACGCAUUCUCGAAGAAUCGCUCGAAUCGUCGAAACAGGAAGCAUCUCGCGCACGCAUGGAGCUCCGCCGCCAUGCUACCUCUGAUGUCGGUGUACAGACACACUCUGCACGAGAUAUGUCCCCCACCGACUCUGAGCUAUCCAGAACUCAACACUCCGCCAACGCGCCACAGCCUCGUGUGCAGCAUUUUGUCCCACCUAGGAACGAAACCUCGUUAGCCAGCUUAGAUCCCUGGGAGAGACGAGUGCACCAAGCAACCCGACUCGCACAAGCUCGGCUGGCUCUUCUGGAGUCUAGCAGGCGAAAGGAAUACGCCUGGGACGAGACUGUUGUCCACCCGCCAGAGGAGAUCCGGCAACUUCGAGUUGAGCUGCAUGAGCUAGAAGAAAGACUGAACGCGGUAGACGCCGGUACAGGAUCUCCAGAAGAUACUCGAGAUAGUCUCAUAGCCUUCGUGGCUCAUAAACAAGUGAGGAUCAGCGACAUCACAGCAUCCAUCAGCUCGCGAGCAAACGCUGUGCGCAAUGGCAUCAUGUCUUGGGGGAUAGUGUUCAACAGCUUGCUACGCGAAAUGAGCGACCAUACCGCACCGUCUCCUCCUCAGACCCCACAGAUCGUUGGGGAAGAGACACCAUCUGCUGUUGCAGAACCGCCCUUACCUCCUGCCCCGAUGGGAGCGCAAGAGUUGAUCGAAAGAUGGGGAGCAGGACAGAGACCGUUCGCAUUUCCGCCGAGCAGAGCUGGUAGCCCCGAUGGAGGAGAUAGCAGCAGCGGCAGCAGCAUGGAUGAUUCUGACGACGAUGCAGAACUCAUUUCCAAGAAUUCCGUUCGACGGGAUAUCGAUAUCGUGUAUCUGCUGCUCGAGAAGCUAGACAAAACUGUGCAGGCCGCCAUGGAAUCAAAAAUGCGGGUAUGUAACACCCGCCACACGGACGCAGUCAGGAUGAGAGAGGCCCUCGAAGGCACUGGCACCUUCACACCUCAUGGACACUCGGCACCUCAAUCCACGGUUGGGCCGCCAUCCUUGCACGAGUCCUCUUCUGACAGCAGCUACAACGUCGCACCCUCGGUUUUCUCUGAGCCAAACAGGGGCGGCCAUCCCGCAUCAGACAUCUCGGCCCCUGUGGCAGCUGCCAUGCGAGAGUGGGAGCGCCAUGCCACCGGUGUGCAAAUCAGAACCGACGCUCUCCGCGAGGCUUUCGAGAUCGUCCUCGAACACAUCGUCAACGCGUCCAGGUACGAAAUGAUGCGCGGCCAAGCACGGCAGUUCUUGCAUCAGCGAAACGAACUUGUCAGAGCAAUGAGGGGCGAGAACCCGGACCUGGCCAGGCUUUUCACCAAGUCUGAGCAAGAAGUCAGAGACGAGAAUGAGGCUCUGAAGAGGACUAACGCGGACCUUACGAGAGCGGUCAACCAGGGACACGGUGACCGCGAGGCGCGCAGGAAUCUGGAACUCGAGGUCGUUCGGCUGCGUUCCCUUAGCGCAGUCAAUGAGACCUCCAGGAGAUGGGCGGAGGAGCGAAGGGCCGAAGCAGAGGAGGGGAGGGACGAAUUCGUCCGGCAGGUCACCGAGUCUCUCGAAACAGUCAACGGGCAUCUUCGGCAAAUGGUGGAAGAUGUUCACGGAGAGAGGGACGGUAUUCGGGACGAACUCAGUCUGCUCAUACGGACGAGAAGUGCGCGCACCGAGCAUCUCGAGGAGCGCAUCCGGUUCCUCGAGGCCCAACUGAGAGAUUCCGAAAGACCCAGGAUCGCCGCGGAGGACAGCUACACGAUGUUGAGGAUCGAACUGCAAAGCAUACUCCAACAGGCGGGCGACGACAUGGACGGCGCCAAUCUUCGGCUUUUCCUUUCCAGGGCCUUCAACCCGGAGCAGCACGUACCGCCCCGGGACAACGUCGACGCGGACAACUUGGCCAUGAGCGAUUAUUCUUGGGAUGACCAGGACACCGUCAUCGACGUCAUCGACGUUGAUGACGACGGUCACGAUGCAGAGAACAGCCUGCACAUGGUCCACGAUUCAAACGGCGACCCAGGCGACCGGGACGAAACAAGGCCCGAUGAUGACUUGUCCCCGCGAGAACAGAACUUGAGAGAGAGACUCCAAAACUGGCAGAGAACAACCCACGCUCUACGAGACGAGAUUUCGCAGUUGCACAGGUCAUUCAGGGGAACCAUGGCCGACUAUCGUGUGGCGCAUGAUAGGGAACUCGCGGAACGAGACCAGCGAUUGUCGCAUAUGCAGGCAGAGUUCGAGCUCUCCGAAGACAACCGCAUCGCCGCGGCCAACAGGAACAUGGUGCUUGAGGCUAGGAUCGUUGAUCUGGAGGCAGGGUUGGCCCAGCAGAGCGAGCUCCCCGAGACUCCUACCCGAAGAUUGGAGCAAUUGGCUGAAAAUGCUACGCAUAUUAGGCCGCAAACGUUGCAGAGGGGAAACUCGAACUCUUCUUCGUCGAGCUCGGACUCAGACGAUUCCAAUCCUUCCCCAACUGGCGACCAUCCUGCUGACGGUCCUCCACCGGAUGGCUUGAGAGAUGGGGAUGCCUCUCCUUUACGAAGAGACGGCCCGAGGAAUAGAUUGGCAGAUAACCCAGCGCCUCCCUCUCCAGGAAACGAACCCGACAACGCACCUCAAUUGCAAGAUGUCGCAGUCGACGACGACGACGAGACAACUGUGCCUCAGGAGAUCGAUAAUGUCCUGCCAAGAGAAGAUAAUCAGGCUUCACCUCGGGCCUCACCUCGAGCCUCGCCUCGAGCCUCGCCUCGAACCUCACCUCGGGUCUCACCGCGGGUCUCACCUCAGGCAUCACCUGUGGCGCCAGUCGUGCGAUUCGCAGAAGAAGAAGUAGAAGAAGUUGCGCCUCUGCAGGAACCUCACAACGAGACCAAUGUUGACGAAGGCGCUGAUUUGCCGCCUCCUCCGUUGGAGACGAACAACACUCCCGUACACGCGCCUGAGGACACUGCUGUAGUACUAUAUGACAACCACCGGGGGCCACGUCCAGGACCCCAAAGACCAAACGGCGCGGAUGACACUCGCUAUACCAGGCCCAACGAUGGCAACUAUGCUUGGCAGGUCAUGCUCGCGAUCCGAGAUUGCCUCAAAGGCCACUGUUUGUCCUGGGCAAAUGUCAUCUGGUUCCUUUGGAUGACUUGCCUGUUCUUCCCCGCGAAACUGGUCGGCAAGGGGUUCCCGCUCCUCGAGCACCGGCCGACACCGAAGAGGACAUCCAUAUUCAUGGUGGGCUGCACCGCAAUCCACUUCGCGGUUGGUUUAGCAUGGGCCACGUUCCGGGCGCUGGUCUCUACGCAGACGGCCAAGGAUAUAUGGCUUGCGGCGAACAGUUUGACCCGGGCUCUCUUCGUUGAAUCGCAACUCAUGUCGCCGUUGAUGUUUUUGGGCGUGGAGGGUUGGGACAGCAGGUUCGCGCCACCCGUCAAGGUGGCCGCCGAAGCCAUGUAUCAGAGCGUCCGGGAGGCGGGGGCCAGUUUGACAGCAGCUUUCUCGGCAACACACAACCAGUCGCAAGCUCACUCCCAAGCUCAACCUGAAGGCUCAUCUCAGAACUCAUCUCAAGCACCGCUCCAGGGCAAACACACCCUCGACUCGCCAGACCAGCAACCCACUCACCACAACCCCCUCAAAUCCGCAAAGGAGCACGUGAAGAAGCCCGUCAUGUCGCAAAAACUCAUCCCCGCCAACCCGGCCGACGUGAUGGUCAUCCGCGACCUCACCCCCAACGUCACGACCUUCUCCGUCCCCUUCUCGCGCUUCGGCGUCCUCAAGAUCGGCGGCCGCGCCACCCUCGUCAGGCUCUCCUCCGGCGCCCUCGCCGUCUUCAGCCCCGUCGCCCUGACGGACGCCGUCAAGGCCAAGAUCGCCGAGAAGGGCGGCAACCUGGCCUACAUCAUCGCGCCGGACAUGGAGCACCACAUUUUCAUUUCCGAGUACAAGGCCGCCUUCCCGGACGCCAAGAUCAUCGGCCCCGACGGGCUGCCGCAGAAGAGGGCGAAGCAGACGGGCGACCCCAAGAUCAACACCUCCGACGAGUUCUUCGUGGUUUUCAAGGACGGGGAGAAGAAGCGCGAGACGACCAUCACGCCCGAGUUCGACGCUGACUUCGAGUAUGAGUACGUCGACUCGCACGCCAACAAGGAGCUCGUCUUCUUCUACAAGCCGGAUCGUGUGCUCAUCCAGGCGGACCUGCUGUUCAACCUGCCGCCGAGGGAGCAGUACUCCAAGGCCCCCGAGGGCGAGCGGGAUACUUCUUCUGGUGUGGGCAACAAGCUGUUCGGAGGACUGCAGACGACCGAGGGCGAGGUUAAGUGGGUGAAGCGGUUCCAAUGGUACGUCAUGAGCGGACGGGACAGGCCGGCGUUCAAUGAGAGCAUUCAGAGGAUCGACAAGUGGGAUUUCGACACGAUUAUCCCGUGCCACGGUGAUACGAUCCAGGGAGACGGCAAGGAGAGAUUUAGGAAGGUGUUUGAGUGGCACUUGGCUGGGCAGAAGAAAUAG